AUGGCCACUCCCGAUGGAUUCGGCACCCGCCAGGUCCGCCGACUGAACAGCCUGGACGCUGCUCGGGCCGAUCUCUACGGUGGCCCCAAUGUCGGGCUCCCUCCCAAGCAUCUGAUGGCCUCCUUCAGCUGUGACCACAACAUCCCUGUACCAGAAAUGAGUAAGAGUCCUACCGACGACGAAGUCUCAUCCGAGGAGGACGACGAUUUCGCGCUUGCCUUCGAUAUCGAUGGUGUCCUCAUUCGUGGCGGCCAGCCCAUCCCGGCGGCCAUUGAUGCCAUGAAAUACAUCAAUGGCGAGAACCCUUACGGGAUCACAGUUCCGUACAUUUUCCUCACCAAUGGAGGCGGCAAAACCGAACAAGAACGCUGCCUGGACCUCAGCCGGCAACUUGAGCUGGAGGUUUCUCCCGGACAAUUCAUUUGCGGCCACACGCCCAUGCGGGAAAUGGCCCAGCGCUACGGAACGGUCUUGGUUGUAGGUGGCGAGGGCGAGAAGUGCCGCAUCGUGGCCGAAGGAUACGGAUUCAAGAACGUCGUCACUCCCGGCGAUAUCAUCAAGACACGACAUGACACGACGCCGUUCCGCAAACUCACCGAUGAGGAGUACAAGAACUCGCGGGUCCUCGACCUGGACUCGGUGCAAAUCGAUGCGAUCUUUGUCUUCGCCGACAGCCGCGACUGGGCUGGCGAUCAGCAGAUCAUCUUGGAUUGCCUAAUGUCCGAGAAGGGGCGGCUGGGCACACGGUCAGAGACCUUCGACGAAGGCCCGCCUAUCUACUUCUCACACAACGACGUGGUGUGGUCGACAUCGCACGAACACUCGCGCAUCGGCAUGGGCGCGUUGCGUGCUUCGCUUGAGGCCCUUUACAAGGCUGUAACAGGCAAGGAUCUCACCACCAUUGCCUUUGGCAAGCCUCAAAUGGGCACUUUCCAGUUUGCCACGCGGCUACUUCAAGAGUGGCGCAGCGAGUCUCACGGCAUCGACAAGCCGCCUUCUACCGUCUACUUUGUUGGCGACACCCCGGAGUCUGAUAUCCGUGGCACCAACGAGUUCAAUGAGAAAUCUGAUAUAGACUGGUUCUCUAUCCUGGUCAAGACUGGCGUCUACCAGGACGGUACGAUCCCGCGCUUUCCCCCCAAGAAGACCUGCAACACUGUUCUCGACGCUGUCAAGUUCGCCGUUGAGCGCGAGCACCAGAAGACUCUCAAAAGCUUGCCUAAUGGCGAGGUUGACCUCGAGGUUAAGAACUGA